AUUUUUUGUAAUGUAAAUAUUUACUUCUUUUCUUAAAGAUUGCCUCGUGUCAUCCAUUACAACACACAUACAUAAUGUCAUUGCUACAAAGACUAUUGGAAGCUUCUUAUCCUUCCCUUGAAGUACAGAUGCAGGAGCUAAAAAGAACAUUCCUUGAUCACAUGAUACACCUACUAAGCUGUGAUCAUGUCAUACCAGUAGUAUCAUACAUACACAAAUGCAUGAUAUCUGGUACAUUAGACCAUUCACUCAUCAGGUACUUUGUCUCAGAGGUAUUGAGUAUUAUAGGUCCACCAUAUUCUACCGAGUUCACUUCAGUUUUUCUUCCACUCCUUCAAAAUGAUGAAAUUGUUUCUUCUCUUGUGUCUCAGACUAAAGAUGAUCCUGUAUCUCUAUUUCUAGCUGAAUGUCCACACAAAUCAAAGAAAAAGAAAAAGUCUAAAAACAAUUAGAUCUAUAAUAGUUCUUGGCAAAUGUAUAAUUUUUUAUAAACAGUGAUAAUAGCAGCUACUCUUGAUAACAGUAAUGUAAAAGCAUAUUAAUUAUUCUCUGUCUAGAUGAGUUAUUGUAAUAAUUAUUAUAGCAAAAAGAAUUGUGAUAUUUACAUUUAA